AUGAGGUCGGCCAUCUUGCUCGCAGCUGCAGCUGCCGGCACUGCUUCGGCAGGCGUCCACAAGAUGCCCUUGAAGAAGGUUUCUCUCGACGAGCAGUUGAAAUACGCUUCGAUCCAGGAACAAGUUAGCGCUUUGAGCCAGAAGUACAUGUCUGGUUUCAAGCCCACGAGUCACAUGGAGCAGGUCUUCAAGGCUCCUUACAUUGCCGAUGGAACGCACCCGGUGCCUGUCAGCAAUUUUCUCAACGCACAGUACUUCUCGGAGAUCUCCCUCGGUACGCCACCACAGACCUUCAAGGUUGUUCUCGACACCGGUAGCUCCAACCUCUGGGUUCCUUCGUCCGAGUGUAACUCGAUCGCCUGCUACCUCCACACCAAGUACGACUCGUCAGCGUCGUCGACAUACAAGAAGAACGGCACCUCGUUCGAGAUCCGCUACGGAUCUGGCGAGCUCAGCGGCUUCGUUUCCAACGACGUGUUUCAGAUUGGUGACCUCAAGGUCAAGAACCAAGACUUUGCGGAGGCUACCUCUGAGCCUGGCCUUGCAUUUGCCUUCGGCCGAUUCGACGGCAUCAUGGGUCUAGGCUACGACACUAUCAGUGUCAACCAUAUCGUCCCACCCUUUUACAACAUGCUGGACCAGGGCCUGCUCGAUGAGCCCGUCUUUGCCUUCUACCUUGGUGACACCAACGAGCAGCAAGAGUCCGAGGCCACAUUUGGUGGUAUCGACGAGAGCCACUACUCGGGCAAGCUCAUCAAGCUUCCAUUGAGGCGCAAGGCCUACUGGGAGGUUGAUCUCGAUGCCAUCACAUUCGGCAAGGAGACAGCUGAGAUGGACAACACCGGUGUCAUUCUGGACACCGGCACCUCCUUGAUUGCUCUUCCUUCCACCAUGGCCGAGCUUCUUAACAGAGAGAUUGGCGCUAAGAAGGGCUUCAACGGCCAGUACUCAGUUGAGUGCGACAAGCGUGACGGUCUGCCCGACCUUACAUUCACGCUUACCGGCCACAACUUCACCAUCAGUGCUUUUGACUACAUUCUGGAGGUUCAGGGAUCAUGUAUCUCUGCCUUUAUGGGCAUGGACUUCCCUGAGCCCGUAGGACCUCUGGCCAUUCUCGGUGAUGCUUUCCUGAGGAAGUGGUACUCUGUAUACGACCUCGGCAAUUCUGCUGUUGGACUUGCCAAAUCUAAGUAA